AUGCCAUUGAUAGAUCCAGAAACAUUAACAAGAAAAGAAUCCGGCAGCACUAUUGCUGAUAACGGACUCUUGCAUGAGAAAACAAACCCUGAAGAAGUACCUCCUCCACCAGCAAUAGUCAACGAAGAUGACCCAGAUAUUGACAAAGGUUAUGCAUGGGUUGUGUGUGGUGCUUGUGUGAUAUUCUAUGCCUGUACAUGGGGUAUGAACUCUGGGUUUGCUAUAUACUUUGCAAACUACUUGACAAAUGAUACAUUCGAAGGUGCUACAAAGAUGGACUAUAGUUAUAUUGGAGGCAUGUCACUUGGUGUAGGAUUAUUUUUUGCACCAGUGAUUACAGUAAUCCAAGGCUACAUUGGGUUUAGAAAUACACUUAUAAUUGGUAAUUGCUUACAAUUUACAGCCUUGAUGCUUGCCAGUUGGUCCAGAAAGCUUUGGCAACUAUAUUGCACCCAAGGUUUGAUGCAGAGUUUCGGAUUGGCACUUCCCUCUAUCCCAGCAAUGUCAGUAAUGCCACAAUGGUUCAAGAAGAAAAGAGUUUUGGCUUCUGGUAUUGGCGCAGGAGGCUCCGGUCUUGGUGGUAUUGUGUUCAACUUGGGUAUGCAAAAAGUUGUUGACACCAAAGGCGUGUUUUGGGCAUUAAGAGUUCAAAGUAUUAUUGGAUUUGGCUUGACAUGGAUUGCCAUUUUUUUUGCCAAGAGUAAGGCUCAAACACACCACAUUCAAUUUGACUUUUUUAAUUUUUCAUGCUGCAGAUUGGCUGGCUAUUGGUUAUUGAUGAUAUUUGUGAUUGCUUGUAUUUUCGGUUACGUGAUUGUGCUUUAUACCUUGGCCAACUUUACAACCAGUCUCGGGUAUAGUGAGAGACAAGGCUCGAUUGCUUCUGCCAUGGUGCAACUUGGCUCAUUGCUUGGAAGGCCACUAGUGGGUUUCUUGUCAGAUAAGUAUGGCGCUGCAACUGUGGGUUCCAUUGCUUACUACAUUGCCGGAAUCUUUUGCUUAGCAAUGUGGGUUCCAGCACGCAAUUAUGCCACAGCGUUGAUUUUUGGUUUGAUAAUGGGCGCAUUAAUGGGUUCAAUAUAUCCAAUUAUAGCCCCAUUGAUUGCAAGGAUUUUUGGCAUCCAGAAAAUGAAUAUAGUCUUUGGCCAGGUCUGGUCUAUUUUGGGUGCUGCUGGUUUGUUUUCCCCCGUGAUUGGUGUCAAGUUGACCAAGGGUAGUGGUGCCGAAGUUAAUCCAUCAAGUUACAGAGAUUGCUCAAUCUUUACAGGUGUGAUGUUCUUAGCAUGUGCCACAAUAAUGCUUAUAAUUAGAGGUUAUAUUGUUGCAAGAGAUUGUAUUUUGUUGGAAAAAGGUGACGAGGUUACGGACAUGAAAGAAGCCCAGUCUAUCACAGUACCGGUUGGGGACGUGUUUAAACUGCUUUUUGCUAAAAGCAGUACCAAAGUGUAG